GGAAAACAUUCUGGCAACACGGCUUCGCAUCAACGCGGACCGCAAAUCGUCCAUUUCAAUUUUACUCCCAGUGGCAUUUACUACGUUAAAAUCGUUACUCUCACCUUAACGUAACGAUGUCGGGAAACCUGGACAUACUGGCGCUGAAGGAGGAGGACGUCAACAAGAUGUUGGCGGCCACCACCCACAUCGGCAGCACAUCCGUUAACUUCCAAAUGGAAUCGUACGUGUUCAAGCGUCGCCCGGAUGGUGUGCACAUCAUCAACCUGGGUCGCACCUGGGAAAAGCUGUUGCUAGCUGCCCGGUGCAUCGCUAGCAUCGAAUACCCCGGAGAGGUCUUCGCCAUCUCGUCGCGUCCCUUCGGACAGCGUGCGGUGCUGAAGUUCGCCCACUACACCGAGGCUACCCCGAUUGCCGGACGUUUCACUCCCGGUGCCUUCACCAAUCAGAUCCAACCGGCCUUCAAGGAACCGCGUCUGCUGAUCGUUACCGACCCGCUGACCGAUCACCAGCCCGUCACCGAAGCUUCGUACGUCAACAUUCCGGUCAUUGCCUUCUGCAACACCGAUUCGCCGCUGAAGUUCGUCGACAUUGCCAUCCCGUGCAAUACCAAGGCCCCGCACUCGAUCGGUCUGAUGUGGUGGCUGCUGGCCCGCGAAGUGCUACGUCUGCGCGGAAAGAUCACCCAGGAUCGGUGGGACGUCAAGCCUGAUUUGUUCUUCUACCGUGAUCCGGAGGAGGCCGAGAAGGAACAGGCUGCCCUGGAGGCCGCUCCGGUCGCCAAGGAUCUGUACCCGGAGGAACCGUUGGCUCCGCUGGAGGAUACUACCACCUGGGCCGGCGAGGAGGCUGUCGUUGCUCCGGUUGCCGCGGCUCCGUCUGCAAUCCCGCAGAUGAUUGCCGCCGACGAUUGGAACGAGGAUGAUACCCAGGCCGCUGGAUCCUGGGGCGGUGGCGGUGGCUUCUAAGUCUCGCACCUAGGUUACGCUACGUGGAAUCCAUGUAGGUUUUGUACCUUGCGGGUUUGAACUCGGAAAUAAACAAAAACCAUUAAAAAGUAA